AUGAAAGAUUUCGGCCUCACAGCAGAUAUGAAGGAGCUCCGCUGUCCUUCACCGAGCCGCGUCAGCUAUGUGACGUUCCCGGAGCCGUCUCGCUCGCUCGCCACCGGACACUCGUUCCCGGAGCCGUCUCGCUCGCUCACCGCCGGACACUCGUUCCCGGAGCCGUCUCGCUCGCUCGCCACCGGACACUCGUUCCCGGAGCCGUCUCGCUCGCUCGCCACCGGACACUCGUUCCCGGAGCCGUCUCGCUCGCUCACCGCCGGACACUCGUUCCCGGAGCCGUCUCGCUCGCUCGCCACCGGACACUCGUUCCCGGAGCCGUCUCGCUCGCUCACCGCCGGACACUCGUUCCCGGAGCCGUCUCGCUCGCUCGCCACCGGACACUCGUUCCCGGAGCCGUCUCGCUCGCUCGCCACCGGACACUCGUUCCCGGAGCCGUCUCGCUCGCUCACCGCCGGACACUCGUUCCCGGAGCCGUCUCGCUCGCUCGCCACCGGACACUCGUUCCCGGAGCCGUCUCGCUCGCUCACCGCCGGACACUCGUUCCCGGAGUUGUCUCGCUCGCUCGCCACCGGACACUCGUUCCCGGAACCGUCUCGCUCGCUCCGUACCGGACACUCGUUCCCGGAGCCGUCUCGCUCGCUCGCCACCGGACACUCGUUCCCGGAGCCGUCUCGCUCGCUCGCCGCCGGACACUCGUUCCCGGAGCCGUCAGUCUCACUCACCGCCGGACACUCGUUCCCGGAGCCGUCUCGCUCGCUCACCGCCGGACACUCGUUCCCGGAGCCGUCUCGCUCGCUCACCACCGGACACUCGUUCCCGGAGCCGUCUCGCUCGCUCGCCACCGGACACUCGUUCCCGGAGCCCCGUCUCGCUCGCUCGCCACCGGACACUCGUUCCCGGAUCCGUCUCGCUCGCUCCGUACCGGACACUCGUUCCCGGAGCCUCUCACUCACCGCCGGACACUCGUUCCCGGAGCCGUCUCGCUCGCUCGCCACCGGACACUCGUUCCCGGAGCCGUCUCGCUCGCUCGCCGCCGGACACUCGUUCCCGGAGCCGUCAGUCUCACUCACCGCCGGACACUCGUUCCCGGAGCCGUCUCGCUCGCUCGCCACCGGACACUCGUUCCCGGAGCCGUCUCGCUCGCUCACCGCCGGACACUCGUUCCCGGAGUUGUCUCGCUCGCUCGCCACCGGACACUCGUUCCCGGAGCCGUCUCGCUCGCUCCGUACCGGACACUCGUUCCCGGAGCCGUCUCGCUCGCUCGCCACCGGACACUCGUUCCCGGAGCCGUCUCGCUCGCUCGCCGCCGGACACUCGUUCCCGGAGCCGUCAGUCUCACUCACCGCCGGACACUCGUUCCCGGAGCCGUCUCGCUCGCUCACCGCCGGACACUCGUUCCCGGAGCCGUCUCGCUCGCUCACCACCGGACACUCGUUCCCGGAGCCGUCUCGCUCGCUCGCCACCGGACACUCGUUCCCGGAGCCGUCUCGCUCGUUCACCGCCGGACACUCGUUCCCGGAGCCGUCUCGCUCGCUCACCGCCGGACACUGCGUGUUAAUGCGCCAAUUGCAAACCACUCCAGUUUUAUUGAAAGUGUCUGAUUACGAAUAG